GUGGAUAUCGGGAAACGGACAAAAGAGUACGACAAUCUGGACUCGACGUUGCGAGCGAGGAUGAGUGGUACUACUUCUCUACGGAUGACAAAUUAACUUCUACUACUGUUUUCAACAUGACUGACAGAUCAAUAUACUAAGUGGAGUCAUUGGUUAUUAGUUAUAGACACUGACGCUCUUUUUCUUAAGAAUGUAGAUGUAUCGAUUGUGAGUGUAACAUUGUAUAUCGAUUGUGAGUACUAUCUAAUAUUAGGCAUAUCGAUUAUUUAAUAACCUCCACUUAAUAGUGGCUAGUUGUUAGUCGCUUGCUUUCUCGUCCUCAAGAUUGAUCAUGCUUCAAUUCGUCUUUUCUACUACUUGUCCUAUCUUACCAUGACGGCACCGGCUCACGCACCCGGACCGCGGCGCCUCUUGUUAGGACUCUCCUGCAUUUGCCUAACGCGUCGCUGUGCUUCAGAUUCCGCCCCCUGGCCGUCUGUAGGUCUGUGGGUAACCGUCUAUCCUUCUCCUUAUAAUAAUAAUACUACUUGUCCUAUUAGUAAUCAAUGUCGUGGUUUAUUAGUUAUAGACAUAUUUAUAGAUUAUAGAUCAUGUAGAAGGCUUUUCUCGAGCAUGUAACUCACUGCCAGAUGUGCG